UUCACAGGCGCGUGGACACGCCCCAGCGCGCAACGCCUCUUUAUAACGGGCCUGAGUAAAGCACCAACAGUGAACAAAGUUUAAGGCAGCGCUGGAAGGUGAAACAAAUCCCUACUAUCAGGAAUAAGAGUCUGUGAGGAAAUUAAGAUGGAAAUGUAUCAAGCUGGAUUUUACACAGAAGACUUCAGAACUCAAGAAGUUCCUGGUGGAUUUGACUUCAGUUCAUAUGACUACAGUGGUGAAGACCUGUCCUUUUUAUUAGACAGCAAAGGACCCGCCCAACACCAGUAUCCUGAAACAUACUCAGAGACCCAGAAAGAGCAUUUGCAUGGUUCCAAAGGUCACAGUCAACCAGUCGGUUCCGUUGAUUCUGGACUGUUUAAUUUGGACACUUUCCCUGAGUUUACUUGCUGGGCGUCCUACACUAAUAUUCCAGAAGGAAUGAUAGCAGACAGACAACAGGUUGGCUUUCAGGAAUCUGCUCAAACCUACCAAAACCUUGUCCCAAUGUGUCCACCAACCCAAAGCAGUCAAUUCAGCCCAGGAAUGGACACCAGCAGCCAUUAUCAACCCGGAAAAGGGCCAAGAUCAUCCGUUACCAACAGUCUGGAACAUCUAGGUGAUCCAGAAAGAACAUAUGCUUUGUAUGAAGCAGACCAACAAAGCAGGUCUCCAUACUGGUCAGACUACCCUUCACCGGGUUACUGCACUUCCAUGCUUGGGCAGCCAUCAUCAUCAUCUUCCUCACCUCCAGUUUCUCAAUCCUCAGAGACUUACUGCCCCCGUGUGGCCAAACAACGUACUGCACCGUCUCAAAGAUCAGAUAGAGAGGGUGACUUGGCACCAAUGUCGGCUUAUCCAGGAUCCGGGCCGAUCCAGCUUUGGCAAUUUCUGCUUGAACUUCUAUUGGACUCUGCUUGCCACACUUUUAUCAGCUGGACUGGUGAUGGCUGGGAGUUUAAAAUGUCAGACCCUGCAGAGGUCGCAAAGAGGUGGGGCCAGUGUAAGAACAAGCCCAAAAUGAACUACGAGAAGCUAAGUCGAGGUCUGCGGUAUUACUACCACAAAAACAUCAUUCACAAAACAGCAGGCAAGCGUUACGUCUACCGCUUCGUCUGCGACGUUCAGGGCAUGCUCGGAAAAACGGCACACGAGGUCUUGGCAAGUCUAAACAUCCCCUCAACAAAUGCAGGGUCUCCACAGUCGACCCGAUCAGAGGAAACCACAGAGUCCUGGGGACAUUAAAGGUGAAGAUCUCUAAUGAUCCAAAAGAACUGGCGCACAUCAUGUCUAGGAUGGAAUCGAUUGACUGUAGCAUUUUAACAUUGAGUCGAUUUGGAUUUUCUCAGACAUUUGGGGACUGCAGAUUCUGCUGCCAGGACAGAUCUCAGAUCAGUGUUUAAUACGUAUAUCCUCAGUUUGUUUGCUGGUAAUGCAUAUUCAUGCAUGCCCAGGAUUUCCUCAAACAUCCAAUACAGUUAGAUGCCUUAAGUAAAUAUUGUUAGCUACCUCUUGAUGUUGAAACACUACUUUUGUACAUGUCUUUUUUUUUCUUAUGUAAACUGAUGUUGUGACAUCAAAUUGUGAAUUUUUGUAAAUAAAUUAAACGUUGUACAUGUAAAUGUUUCUCUAUAAUAUUAUUUUAUGUGCACUU